AUUCUAUUCUAACAUGACGCAGCUGGCUCCAAAUUUCAAUGGAAUUCGAUUAGAGCAGAAUCGUCCAUGUUCAAUACCACUCAACUCAACAACACCGCCACCUGUUUUGCAUAAUCAGCUGUCUGGAAGAAUUUCAUAAUUAACCCCUGAAUUCAAGGGAAUGAUUUUCAUUUUUUCGGUUUCGCCUUUCGAUCGCCGUUAAUCGGAGAAUUCCGCAGUGAAAAUUCAGAUUUACUGUGUUCACAUCUACCUUAUUUUUACACCAUUUUUUCUCGUCGAUUUGUUUUUCGCGAUCGCUAGAUUAUGGACUCGCAGAGUAAUUUUCAGAUGAAGGUGGUUGAAGGAGAGUUCGGAUACGUUAUCCAAGAUGUCCCUCAUUUGUCCGAUUACGUUUCCGAUCUUCAGACUUAUCCAAAUCCCCUACGCUCCAAUCCUGCAUACUCAGUGGUUAAGCAAUACUUUGUUGACAUGGAUGAUAGUGUCCCUGAAAAGAUGGUUGUUCACAAGGAUACUCCACGAGGGGUACAUUUUCGGCGAGCUGGACCUCGUCAACAGGUCUAUUUUGCAUCAGAUGACGUACUUGCUUGUAUUGUGACAUGUGGUGGUUUAUGUCCUGGGCUUAACACGGUGAUCAGAGAAAUUGUACACAGCCUUGAUUAUAUGUAUGGGGUCACCAAAGUCCUAGGAAUAGAGGGAGGCUACAGGGGUUUUUAUUCAAAGAAUACAAUUAAUUUGACACCAAAGCUUUGUAAUGACAUACAUAAGCGUGGUGGAACAAUCAUUGGAUCUUCUCGAGGUGGCCAUGAUACCACAAAGAUUGUUGACAGCGUUCAGGACCGUGGAAUUAAUCAGGUUUAUAUUAUUGGUGGAGAUGGCACUCUAAGAGGAGCAAAUGUGAUCUAUGAGGAAAUCAGAAAACGCGGUCUAAAAGUUGCUGUGGCGGGUAUCCCCAAGACAAUUGACAAUGACAUUCCGGUUAUUGAUAGGUCAUUUGGUUUUGAUACUGCUGUAGAAGAAGCUCAGCGUGCCAUAAAUGCUGCACAUGUUGAAGCAGAUAGUGCAGAGAAUGGAAUUGGCAUGGUGAAGCUAAUGGGUCGCUAUAGUGGUUUUAUUGCAAUGCAUGCUACUUUGGCGAGCCGAGAUGUGGACUGCUGUUUGAUUCCAGAAUCGCCUUUCUAUCUUGAAGGAAAAGGGGGGCUUUUUGAAUAUAUAGAGAAAAAACUCAAAGAAAAUGGGCAUAUGGUCAUUGUUGUUGCUGAAGGAGCAGGACAGGAGCUUCUUGUAACCAAAAAUGAAGAAGAUGCUUCAGGAAACAAGCUGCUUCAGGAUGUCGGGUUGUGGAUUGCUCAAAGAAUAAAGGAACAUUUUGCGAAGCAAGCGACAAUGCCAGUCACUCUAAAGUAUAUAGAUCCAACUUACAUGAUCCGUGCUAUUCCUAGCAAUGCAUCCGACAAUGUUUAUUGCACACUCCUUGCUCAAAGCGCAGUUCAUGGGGCAAUGGCAGGGUACACAGGCUUCACAAGUGGGCUUGUUAAUGGCCGUCAUACAUACAUUCCCUUCAAUCGUAUUAUUGAAAAGCAAAACAAGGUUGUCAUAACAGACAGGAUGUGGGCUAGGCUUCUUUCUUCCACCAAUCAACCAAGUUUCCAGGGUCCAAAAUGUGCCAGUGUUUCGAGUGCAGGUCAACCAGGAACAGAUGACAAGGUCACCGGUCUAUUAGGAUGCCUCACCCCGAAGCCAUGAUUUAUUGUCUCAUGAAGUUAUUCAUAUAUUGAACGUUUGGGACUCGAAAGUACUUUGUACACUAACUACUUUAGCAAUAAGAUUAGUCCUUCAAGCUAUAUAUAGUUUAAAGGUCUUGUAUUUUUUUUAUCUUGUUUUAUGUAGAUUUAGCGUUUGAGUAGUAUUUGAUGUUAGUAAUUGAUAAAUUAGCAGCUGAAAUUUCACUCUGUUUCUGUCAAAUACACAGUUUGCAUAGUUUUUUCAUCUGUUCAUUGGUUGAGUGAUAUUUUUCGGACAUUUUGUGAA